AUGCAUCUCUUAGGCUCGGCUGCGCGGAGCUUCAACUUCUCGGCUUUGCGUUCUGCGUCAAUUACUGUGCGUUACGCUUCAACUCGCAACAUGGCGAUCAUUAAUCCGCGGGAUCCGAACACCCUGAGCAACUAUAACAACUGGCGCUCGACCCAUGUCACCGCGAACUUCGAGAUUCUGUUCGAUCAGAAGAAGUUGGUGGGAAAUGUAGUCCAUCGCUUCAAGUCGAUCACCGAUGCCGAAUCCCGAGAGAUCAUUCUGGACACCAGCCAUCUCGACGUUGGCGCGGUCAAGGUGGAUGGCCAGCCAUCCAAGUGGGAGCUGCUGCCCCCACUGGAACCCUUGGGAGUCCCACUGAAAAUCUUCCUGGAUCAAGGUGUCAAGUUGAAUGACACCGUGGAGGUCGAUAUUGCCGUCAAGACCACGGAGAAAUGCACGGCGCUGCAGUGGCUGACACCCGCGCAAACCUCGAAUAAGAAACACCCUUACAUGUUCUCGCAAUGCCAGGCAAUUCACGCCCGGUCUAUCUUCCCUUGCCAGGAUACCCCGGAUGUCAAGGCCACCUAUGACUUCAACAUCACCUCCCCACUUCCGGUCAUGACCAGUGGUCUGCCAAUCCGGGAGUCCGCGGAGGAAAAGACCCAGCUGUACCGAUUCCACCAGUCGGUGCCCAUUCCUAGCUACCUCUUUGCUAUUGCCAGCGGUGAUGUUGCCGAGGCUCCAAUUGGACCUCGAAGUGUUGUCGCAACUAGCCCCGACAAGCUGGCAGAGUGUCAAUGGGAGCUCGAGGCCGACACGGAAAACUUCAUUACGACCAUCGAGAAAAUCGUUUACCCAUAUGCGUGGGGAGAAUAUAAUGUGUUGAUUCUGCCCCCCAGCUUCCCCUACGGAGGCAUGGAGAAUCCUAUCUUCACCUUUGCAACCCCCAGCAUUAUUUCCAAGGAUCGUGAGAACAUCGACGUUAUUGCCCACGAGCUGGCUCACAGCUGGAGUGGUAAUUUGGUCACCAACGCCUCAUGGGAGCACUUCUGGUUGAACGAAGGUUGGACCGUUUACCUUGAACGAAGAAUCCUGGCUGCUAUUCACGGCGAAGCCUACCGCCACUUCUCUGCCAUCAUUGGAUGGAAGUCCUUGACUGACGCUGUGGAACACUUUGGCAAAGACCACGAGUUCACCAAGCUCAUUGUUGACCUCAAGGGUAAAGAUCCCGAUGACGCCUUCUCUAGCGUUCCUUACGAGAAGGGCUUCAACUUCUUGUUCUACCUUGAGAACCUUGUCGGAAAGCCCAAGUUUGACAAGUUCAUUCCUCACUACUUCACGACAUUCAAGUGCAAGUCGCUUGACUCUUAUGAGUUCAAGGCAUUGAUUCUGGACUUCUUCAAGUCAGAUGCCGAGGCGUACAAGCUCUUGACCGAACUGGAUUGGGACCAGUGGUUCUAUGCACCCGGAUUGCCACCCAAGCCCAGCUUUGACACCUCGCUCGUCGAUGUGGUCUAUGAACUCUCCAAGAAGUGGCAAUCCCUGCCUGGUUCUUCUUUCCAACCCGAUAUCAGCGAUAUCAAAAACCUCACCGCGAACCAGUUGGUUGUUUUCUUGGAGCAAAUCCUUUUGCUGGAGAAGCCCCUCACCCCGGAGGUCUCUAAGCUGAUGGGUGACGUCUAUGAACUGACCAAGAGCGAGAACAUUGAGGUUUCGAACCUCUAUCUCCAGGUCGGUAUGAAGGCCGGAGAUGAGAGCGUCAUUGAGCCCACGACUGAGCUGCUCGGCCGCAUCGGCCGCAUGAAGUUUGUCCGACCUUUGUUCCGUAACCUCCAGAAGGUUAACCGACCCAUUGCUCUCAAGACAUUUGAGAAAUACAAGGACUUCUACCACCCCAUUUGCCGUGGUAUGGUGGAGAAGGAUCUCUUCGGCAAGAAGGACUAG